UGACCGGCCGCCGCCACGCCUCCUCUCCACCGAGAGGCAGGCCUGCGCGCCAGGAGAUCACGGCCGCUACGGGGCGGCUCUGCCGUAUUUGGCAAGGGACGAAAGAGAAGAACCGCCUCGGUCGGUGCCAUUGGCCGGGAACAUGGCGGUGAACAGGAACCACUCGCCCGGUGGCGGGGUUGUCCCGCCCCACGGGGAAAGUAUUCUCAAGCACUGUAAAGAUGUGGAGCUGACUUUCUCUGAGAUAACUGGCAAUCCGGAGAUUUUCAAAGGCACUAAGAAAGGAAUGGUUUUUCUCACUCCAUUCCGGGUUAUUUUUGUGUCAAAAAGCAAAGACCCAAUGAUGUCUUUCAUGAUGCCAUUCCACUUGGUGAAGGGAUGCUCCAUUGAACAACCAGUCUUUUCUGCCAAUUAUAUCAAAGGAGUAAUACAAGCAGAACCAGGAGGUGGCUGGGAAGGUCAGGCGUCAUUUAAAAUGAGCUUCUUCAGUGGAGGUGCUAUAGAGUUUGGACAAAUGAUGUUCAAGCUUGCAAGUGAUGCUUCUAGAGGAGUACCAGCUCAGAGUUUUGGCUAUGGGUAUGCACCGCCACCUUUUCCUGGUGCUUAUGUACCUCCACCAGGAAGCUACGUUAUGCCACAACCAGCUUCUGGAGCAUAUAUGUAUAUGUCUCCACAAAUGAAUGGAUAUGGAGUUGCUCCGCAGCCUAUGGGAUAUCCAUAUGCACCUCCUCCAGGUGCGUAUCCACCACCUCCGGGGAUGAACUCCAUGUACAUGGCACCUCCUCCCCCAUAUCCUGGCCCUUCUGGUGCUGGCCCUUCAGCUCCUACUGACCCAGGACUUACAGGUCCUAGGACCUGGACAGAACCUGGAAUGCCAGGUGGCAAUAAAGCAGCAGAGGCAACUUCCAGUGCAUAUUAUAACCCAGCUAAUCCUCAUAAUGUUUACAUGCCUAUGGAUCAACCACCUCCUUAUUCACCACCUGAGGAAAAGAAGAACAACUAACAGGAGUCUCAGCACCAUCUUCUUUCUUGUGUUUCUUGACUUUGGAGAUUUUACCAUUGCUGCUGCCUCUUGGGGUUUUUUUUAAUCUCUAGAGCAGGGGUUCUCAACCUGGGCAACUUUAAGACUUGUGGACUUCAACUCCCAGAAUUGAAGCUGGCUGAGGAAUUCUGGGAGUUGAAGUCCACAAGUCUUAAAGUUGCCCAGGUUGAGAACCUCUGCUCUAGACCAUCCUGUGUCAGUAGCACGCAUAGUAUUGGAUGGUGUUACACUUGCUGUUAAACUUUCAGAAUGGCAAUACAAAAGAAGUGACAAUACUACUUUAUUUGCUUUCUGUCCUAAGGGUAGACUAGGAUUGCCACAACUGUUUUAGCCCUUUAAUUGGUGGGAAAGAUAAACUAUAAAAUACAUAUAAAACAACUUCAGUUAUGCAGGGAUGAAAUAUUCAGUGUACAAACAAAACACUUUAAUGUGACACAGAUAUUCAUGAAGGAGCAUUUGGUUUUUCUGCAUCUCUGUAUGUUUAAUACCAUCGUUAUCUGCAUGGUAUUUUCGCCCCUUGCAGAUCAAUGAAUACCAAGGAAUUUUCAGAGAUUUCUAUCUUUCCUGAAAAGUAGAAGGGAAGAAAGCUUUCUACUGAUUCCUAGAAAUUGAUAUCUCAAGAGGAAGUGAUGACAGGGAGGAGAUCCAAAAGAUUAAUCAAUUCAUUUCUUCUCAAUAAUUGUUGCUGCCUUCUGGUUUUCCAUAUUCAAUGUGCUGUAAAGAUUUCGCUUUCUGCAGUAUUGGUUCUUUAUCCUUGCAGAAGGAUGCCAGGUAGAUACAGUUUUACUGUAUCUACAUCUGAAGGAAUGCACAGCAGGCUUUCUGCUUUCAAUUUGGCUGCAGGGUCUAUGUUUCUAAAAUGUGUUUACGUGUCUCUGUGCCCCUAAAAUGUCUUCUGCCUGUUGUAAGAGUAGGGCAGUGAGUCUUACUCAAAUUAGUGCAAAUUAUCUGUCUAUCAUAACUAUACAGCAGAAAGGAAACUAGCAUUGAAACCAUUUAUGUGAACUGGAACCAAAGAUUGGUUUAUAACUGGCUAGAUUUGAGAGGACUAAAAUAAAAUGUAAUUAAGCAAACAGCAUAAUAUCUGAUCCAGAAAAAACAGAUAUUGGUUAUUCUAAGAACAGGACUCAAAAUCUUUGAUCUGGAAAUCAGUUCUUUUCUAACUUUUAGCAGCUAACACAACAUCAGAUAUUAUAUCUAAGGAAAAACCUUUUUUUCUGCUACAGAUAUGGGAAUUAACACUGCUGUAUGUUGGUAAAACCUGACAUAGAUAUCAAAGCAGUUUCUGUUAGUUAGCCCUCUAUCUAGAUUUAGCUGAGCUACACCAUCAAGCCAGAGAUAAUGAGGUGGAAAAAAUAUUAAAACUGCAAACAUGAGUAAGAAACUAUAUUUGAUAAAGAGUUCUGCAAUUGUAUUGGAAGAAAAAAAACUAAAAAUAGUUUUUUUGUCUAUGAGCUAGAAAGAAGCAAGCAAUAUUCUGGGUUGUGUUAAGCUGUUAUUUAAUAAUGACUUCUCUCGUAUUUGUUUUCUUAAAAAAACUAUUGUUCCACUAAAGUAGUGGCGACUGUAAUUUGCAUAUAGGAAAUCUCUUCUUUUCUUCCUUGAUGUUAGGGCUGUACUUCACAGUGAAAAACUCAAGACGUACUGCUGUGUUACGGAUACUUGUUUAUUUUCCCUUUAGUACAUGAGUUUAUUAUUCAGUAAAAAGUAUGAAAUAAACUUUUUUCUAACAAAUACUUUCAUUCUGAACACAAAAGCAUAACUGUUUUCCAUAACUAGUUAACUCUGUUUAUAAUAUUUUUGAAUUGCACUUUAAUACAGAAAUAUUGAAACCUU